AUGACCUCUCGUGGACCGAAACCACCUAUACUUCUACCUCCACCAGACCCGACUCUUAAAACACGCCCAGUCCCGCAAGAACGCCACUUUCUCGUGCGGUCAUUUGGGCCAGGAGGAUUGCCUGACGCUCAACAGAAUUUUCUUACUGUCGAAGAAUUGAAGAAACAACAAGCGGAGACCAGUGCCUGUGGCAUUGGGCGGGACGUAGAAGAUGACGCCCAACAUAUCUACGAACAGCUUCUGGAAGACGAAAACACAGAUUUGCGUAACGACGGUUCCAUUACGGGUGAGAAGACCUGGGGUCCCACCAUCGUUGUUACGGCAUACUCCGAGAAGGCCAGUGAAAAUCUCGAUCAAGCUAUCACGAACCUUGUCGAGAUCAUUCGGCGUUAUUUCCUUCGAUGUUCUCGCACUGGGCCGUUCGCACGCGAGGCAUUCAAACGCCUUGAGUUCAAGGUUCUUGCAGACAAAGACUUAUUGGAAGAUGCAUCCGACGACCGCGUCAGAGAAGAGUUCAACGCCUAUGUCCGUACUCUGCGACUCUUUGAUCCUGAUUCAGGCUGGGAAGAAGACGAUCGAAGAUGGUACAAAGAUAAUCUCAACAGGCCUCAUGGUCCCCUGCGCUACGGCUUCUGCAUUGCACUAGAUGAGGAAAUGAUUGGAACUCUCGCCGCAAUCAGUUUCCCCGAUGAUCUGAACAGCGAUUCGGAACUCUUGAAGGACAUUUCCAUCAAGUUAGUGGAGCGUCGUUGGAGAUACACGAAAGAGGCGCACAACCAAUAUGGUCUUGUCCCCACAAUGGAAAACGUCUAUCGAGGCAAAGACAUGUGUCCUCUUCUUGACCUGCCCUUGAUUUGUGCCGAUUAUCACUAUUAUCAAAAUUUCGAAGAAAUGUUUCCACUACGCAAGUUUCGCGAUUACCACUAG